AUGCGCCUUGCAUUCCUCUCCCUUCUCUCCCUCUCCGUGUCUGCUUUCACCUCCGCCUCCGCACCACCUCUAUCCGCCGAUAUCUUCUACUGGCCACUCUCCUCCUCCACUUCCAAACGCAUCCGUCUGGCCAAAAUCUCCUACGAUCCCUCUACCCUUACGCACACAAUCGACUCCUACACCCCUCCCCAGCCCCAAAACGUCGCCUCCAACAACGUCGAUGCCCAGGCAGACCUCGUCCGCAUCGGCCUCUACACCAACCCCAACCUCAGCGAUACCGAAAGCAGCAGCGGCAGCAGCAGCCAGAAGAAACAAUGGGUCGGAACCAUAUCCUCCCUCUCCCUCUUCGCAAACACGCCACAAACCCUAACUCUCCACCUCGAUCAAAAUAACCAUGUCUACCACGCCGCCAUCUCGUCCCUCGUAUCACCAUCGCCCCUUUCGUCAAGCCCAGAUUCUAGGGCUACGAGAAUCAAGACCCCCUCUCCUCCUUCCCCUCCGCACAGAAAUAGCAAAGGAGCUGGGACGGAAGCGGGCUCUCUCAAAGUCGAGCUCAUCCGCUCCAAUCCCAGCCCCAGCCCGCACCUCAAUCGUGCCGUCGUGCGGAGUCCGGACGGCACUGUGCCUGAAGCAGCUAUUGAGAAGUCGUUUUUCCAGAGAUAUUGGUGGGUUCUCGGGAUUAUUGGUAUUCUAGCAUUUACGGGGAGUGCGGACGGGAGCUAA